AUGGGAGAAAACCUCAUCAUUUUCGAAAGCUGUCAACUACAAAUUCAAACUACAAGAUCAUGGGAUUAUAUGGGUUUCUCCUUAAAAGUUCCACGAAAUCCAAUUGUUGAAAGUGACAUCAUAAUUGGUCAUUUGGACGGAGGUGUACUACCUGAAUUGGAAAGUUUUUCAGAUCAUAAUUUAGGUCCUAUUCCUAAGAAAUGGAAAGGUGUUUGUAAUGGAGGAAAAAAUUUCGUGUGCAAUAAGAAGGUAAUUGGAGCAAGAUAUUAUCUUGAAGACAGUGCAUUGGAUAUAUUUGGUCAUGGAACCCAUACAGCCUCAACGGCAGUUGGAAGGGUAGUUAAAAAUGCAAACUUUUUUGGUAUAGCAAAUGGGACUGCUAGAGGAGGUGUUCCAUCAGCUAGGAUAGCUACGUAUAAAGUGUGUGGUGGUGAGUCUUGUGAAGACAAAGAUAUAUUGGCUGCCUUUGAUGAUGCUAUUGCUGAUGGUGUUGAUAUUAUUUGUGCCUCACUUGGAUCCACCGAACCCUUAAAAAUUAGUAAAAGUUCUAUUGCUAUUGGCUCCUUCCAUGCUAUGGAGAAAGACGUUUUAACCGUACAGAGUGCAGGGAACACACAUUCCUAUGGGCUAAAGACGGUAAUAAGUAUUGCACCAUGGCUGUUCACGGCGGCAGCUAGUAGUAUAGAUAGAAACUUUGUCAAUAAACUUGUUCUUGGAAAUGGUCGAACAAUUAUUAGCAGCGCAGUGAAUUCUUUUGCAACAGGAAAACACAACUUGAAGUUGAUUUAUGGAAAAGGAAUAGGAAGUCAUUGUAAUGUAUCAAGUGCAAUGCAAUGCAUUGAUGGCUGCAUAGAUCCUAACUUGGUGAAGGGAAAUAUCAUAGUAUGUGAUGCUGAUGAGGUGUUUUCAGAUAUUGUCUUGAGGGCUUGGGAAGUUAAUGCAAGUGGUGUCAUUCUUCGGAAAAACAAAUAUGCGAAAGAGCCUUUAACCUCACCUCUCCCUACUGCGUCUUUAUAUGAACCCGAUUUUCGUUAUAUCGAAUAUUACCUAAAUUCCGAAACGUUUCCUUCUGCACGAAUACUAAAGAGUGAGACUUUUCAGGAUUAUGCUCCCAUUGUAGGUUCUUUCUCCAAAAAGGGUCCCAAUAAAUUUUUUCCAGAAAUUUUCAAGCCUGAUAUAACCGCACCAGGAACGAAUAUUUUGGCAGAAUGUCCUGUAGACAGCCUUAUUCCUCUCAAGAAAUACGGUGUUAAGUACAGCAUUUUAACCGGAACUUCAAUGUCUAGCCCUCAUGUUGUCGGGGCAGCUGCUUAUGUAAAAUCAAGGCAUCCUGAUUGGUCUGCUUCGGCUAUAAAAUCAUCUCUUAUGACUACCGCUUGGACUAUGAAUAAAAAAUACAAUGUAGAUGCCGAACUCGGUUAUGGGGCAGGACACAUUGAUCCAGUGAAGGCUGCACAUCCUGGACUAGCGAUGCCCUAUCGUGGAUCUCCCAAACCAAAUGCCUUAAGUCUGGGGCAAAUGGUUGAAAUGCGAGAGUUACAAUUAUUUGUAGGAAAGAUGGACGUCAAUGUAACUACUAGAAGGUCAAUGAACUACUAG